AUGGAAUUUUCUGGCCCAGGUAAAUCCCCGAAUUCUGCGUUAUCGUUUAGAUAUAAUGCAAACAACGAAGAGCUUGAAGAAUUAUAUCAAGCUUGUGAAUCUGAAAAUGUAUUACCACAAGGAGAUCAACCAUUAAAAAGUGAAACUGCAAGCCCUAAGAAAACAGAAAAGACAUCAUCUAUCAUAGAUAAAUAUUUUAAAUCUAUUAGAUCUGAGAAAUCCAGUGAAAAAGUUGAAGAUGUUAAAUCUGACCCAAAGCCAACUGAAGAGAGCAAAAGUUCUACUCCUAAAGAAAUUACUUCCUCACCCAUGAAAGAAUAUUUGAAUCGUCUUGGUAAAGAAAUUGCUCAAGCUGUAGAGGACAUGAAAACAAAAUCUGUGGAAGAAACAAAAGAAAAGUCUCUACCAAGGGACAACUCUACAUCAGACUCUGAGGAAAAUUCUACUACCAAAGACUUAGACCAACACAGCAUUGGUGAUACUGAUAAUCAGGUGUCCUCACUUGAUAGCAGUAUACAGAAUUUAUCCGAGAUGACUCAACCAAUCACCGCCAAAGUUAUUGAGCAAGAAAAUCGUGAAAAUAACACUAAGAACCAUUCAGACUCUAGUGAUGACACACAAAAGAAUCUAAGGUUAAGUGAAACAGAUGUAACUAAGGAUAUUUUGAAUGAUAACAGCAUUGAAGUUGAAUCUGGUAUAGAGGCCCUUGAGGAUACAAUAGACGCAUUUGGCGAUGUUAACGCUGUUGAUAGUCCAUUGAGUAGACCUGUUGACAUGAAAAUUAACCCACCAACGCCAAUAUCCACUCCAGCCAAUUUUGGCCUGCCGCCAAGUAAAAGCAACUUAUCAAAACCGGAAUCACACAAAAAGUCUAAGAGCUACAUUUUUAAUUUCACAUUGUAUAUUUUAACUAUUUUAGUAGUUGUUAAUUAUUUAUUGUUUCCGAAUUGUAAUGUGUGGAAUGGAUUCUUAUUGGGGCUGUGGUUUUUCUGUUUUGUGAGUAAUGUCAAACAGUGGGUGCUAGAUACAUACUUUAGUGAUUGGGAACCGAGUAGUAGAACCUUUUUCCAAUUGAAGAGGAGCAGUACCAUACCCAUAGCCUACACUAUUCCGUCUGUGAAGGAGCAUACACCGUUGAAAAAGUAUGAGGGCUGGAUAAAUCACUAUAGAUUUCCUGAUUACGACCCUUUUACCUACCACAUAAAUAAAACAACAACUGCCUUUGUGAAACUCGAGGGUUGUAACCUAAGAAUAUCGUAUACGCGUACAAAAAUUGCGAAGAGAGCUCUGUGGGAUGAGAAGAUCGACAAAGUGACUUUCUAUCAGCACCGACUAUAUAACCUUACCGGUGCUCGAGUCAUUCUCUUACCAAAUGGACUUGUUAAACGACGGCAAUGGAGCAAAAAAUACCCCAUAUGCAUAAUACUGAACGAGAAAGAAAAAAUUCAAGUGUUAGAGAAAGAGAAUUCAAUAGAGAAGAAAGUGGCAGAAUUGGACAAGAAGAAUAAAGAAGCGACGUUAGAGACUGAAAGUACAGAGACAAAUACAAGCCCGGAGAGGAAGAAGAAGUUUAUUUGGAGGAGAAAAGAAAAGAGUAUUUCACAUGAAACCGAACCGGGAUGGGAAGGUCUCAGACAUAGAUUAGUCAGGAAAAUGCAUAGAGAUAAAAAGACGGAUAGCGUAUCAACCAUAACAGAUCCAGAGACAAGUGAAAAGCUGGAUGAUGGUGAGGAACAAACGACAAAAUCCAUCGCCAGUACAAGGGAGGAUGAUGAUGAUAUAGAUGAUAACGAAUUGUCCAAAAUCAAGGAGCUCCUUGAAGAAACGGAGUUGGAUCCCGUGGCGGAAGGUACUACGGAAGGGGAAUGGAGUGUGCACGUGAAACAAUCGAGGGACAAACAUUCACAUCUCUACCUUUUUGCUAGGACGGGUCGAGACAAACACGAGUGGUAUCGACGUUUUAUGAUAUCGAUAAGCGAAGCGAGCGCGUCAGCGGAUACGUCAUCCAACGAAGACAAAUCUACGAAUGAUCCCCAAGAAGGAAAAGAGGGGAUUGAAUUAGCCGUUUAUAAGCUUAGCGAAAAAGAAACUGUCGCUUUUGGCAAGACUAAAAUGAAUGAAUCGACAUCAGAUGUAAUAAAUAUAACGUCAGCCAUACAUCCUUUACCCGUCAGCUUAGAUUCCUAUGAGAAGACAUUUUGGCCAUAUAUUAUUAAAAUUAUGCAGACGCAUCAAGUUAUCACGAAACAAACAUCAGAUGUCGGCGUUAUGUGUCAAUUAGAGCCUUCGCCCCACGAGCGGAAUAAAAAAAAGAAGAGAAAAGAUUCCCAGCAGUCAACAUCUGAUUGCGAGUGCCGAACCCUUCCUGCGGAAGUGACAUGGGUGAACACGAUGCUUGCUCGCAUCAUGUAUGAUAUGAUGCGAGAUCCCGUACUCAUUGCGAGACUGCAGAAUAAGAUUCAAAGGAAAUUGAAUACGCUUAAGCUGCCAUCAUUCAUGUCACCCCUCCUAGUGACAAAAUUGUCACUGUCGGGCGCGUGUCCGUUAGUCUGCGGCGUACAACCGCCCUCUUGUGACGCACGCGGCGUGUGGCUAGACGCACACUUGCGGUACGAUGGCGGUGCAUACAUCGCCAUACUUACGCAAAUCAACCUCAUGAAGCUGAAAGAGAAAAAUAUGACAUUAGAAGAGCAAUUAAUGGAAACUCAAGAGCCGGUCGUCGAAAGGGAGCUGAGUGCAUCUCCCACUCUACGUGCUACUAGCCCUGAGCUGCGGAAACGAAAACCUGCGAUUUACGAUUCGGAAGUGGAGGACUCAGCCGAGUCUUCGAGUGAUGAUGAAACCCCACCCGUACAGCCUGUCGAUAGUGCUGAAAAUAUCGUUUUGGCAGAUACAGCACCAACCGUUUACACAACUGAAGGAGGUUCGUCCAAAAAGAAAUUCCUCAGAAUAGUCGACAAAAUAGCUACCAACAAAUAUUUCCAACAGGUAACUGACUACAAGUACGUGAAGCGAGCUAUGGAAGGUCUAUCGAACACUGACAUAAAGCUUCAGCUGGAAGUGAGCGGACUCGAAGGUCGUUUGGCUGUGAACCUUCCACCUCCACCUCACGAUAGACUAUGGAUCGGAUUCCGUACAAAUCCCCAACUAGUAUUAAAAGCCCGACCAGCGUUCGGCGCUAGAUCACUUCGGUUUACCCACAUAACUAAUUGGAUUGAACAAAAACUAACCAAGGAGUUUGAGAAAGUGCUAGUUCUACCCAAUAUGGAGGAUUUCAUUAUAGACGUCAUGACACCAACGCCCGUUGAAUUCGAAUGA